AUGGAGACCAACUCAAGAAGAAAGAGAUUUUCUACUAAUAAUAGCCUUUCUUCCAACAUUGACAGUCAAACUAAAAUGGUGGGGAACACGGAUAAAGAGAAUUCUGCACCGAUUGUUCCACCAUUGGACUUCAAUCAGCCAAAAACCUCGGCUCACAUGCCGUUUGUGUAUUUUGUGGUCGCUGAAAACAAACCCCCAGUUCAAGUCAGCAUGUUGGAAGGAACCGGACAAUCUUGUGAGCACGCUAUCAAGGCCAGAAAACAUUUUCUCAACGAAAAGAAAAGACGGUUAAAAUAUCUAGAAGAAACCAAAAAAAGAAUUCAGGAACAGAAUUUGAUGGUUGGUUUGUGUUUGGGACCAGUAAAAGACGAAGAGGGUACUUCUAUAGGCCUAUCAUCAACUUCCGGUACUAAGGACUUGUAUCCCAUGUAUAAACUUUCAGAACAGCCUUAUAAAUUUAAACCGGAGGUGAGGAAACAGACCAGAUUCUCAGGAAUAAAAGACCACGAAGGAUUUCAGGAUCCGGAUGUGGUGACGCCAGUGGAAAGUGUCAAAAAAGCGAACAGUAUUAUAAAUCUAGAACUGUCUUUAAAAGAAGGAAAAAACAAACCAAUUCGGAUUCCCUCCGCCACUGAUUUCCCUUCCGAGCGAGAUCAACCGAAAAGAGUCCAAUUUUCGGAAUGUUCCUUCUAUCACGACAACGAAUUUCCUAGACGAGGAUCUUCGAAAGCCUCCAGAUUAUCAAAACGAAGCAGAAGCGUCAAUUCAUUACAUGACGAUUCAUUCGGGAUCAGAAGUCCAGAAAAGCAGUCCGAAGUUUCUGGCAGUUGUCAGACAACAUCUCGAUCUCACCAUGGAAACAGACACGAGCUGCCACUUCCUAAAAUAGAUCUAAUGAAUGACAUGUACGAUGACGUCAUCAUUAAAGCCAUCGACUCGUAUAUGACGUCAAGAAAUGUUUCUGCCAAACGAAGACCGGAAAUGGAGAGACGGUUGAUUUCUCGACUGGCAAUGUCCAGAAGGUACCAAAUGGAAGUUGAUGCUAAGAUUAGGGAACAUUCUGCCACAACACGGAGUCGAAUGUCUUUUGUCGACCAAGAGAUCGCAGACGAGCAAGAGAUUGUGCCGUACAGACACGUUCCUCUGAAACCAACAGCUUUCCACAUGGUGGCCCCUGGAACCCAGAUUGGGCUACGAUAAAGAAAUUUCGCGUUCACGUGGGUCAUCAAGACCACAAAUCAAACUGUUGAUGCGUCCUUUGAUCAACUUUUGUUUAGUCUUUUCCCGCCUAUUUGCCAGUGACAUUUGACUUUGAUUAUGUUAGGUUAGGACACAAUUGAUAGGACGUCAAUUUCCGAUAUCCAUAUAUUUACAUCUUGGUAUUAAGAGUCAGGUAUCGAACUAAACCAGUCGAUCUGUAAAUGAUAAUAGGCCUGUAGGAGUAGGGUGUGAAUUAUUUUAAUAUCACAUCUAAGUACAUACAUCAUACCCUACUUCGUUUCGUUUUCGUACCUUUUUCAGAAGAGUAAACCCAUCAUAAACAGAAGGAAAUAAAACAUUUUGAAA